AUGAAAGGCUGUUCUCUCGGCGUUCUGGCCAUAAUCCUUCAGGCGUAUGUUGCAUACAGCAAGAAGGUCGAGCCAGACCCAGUCGGCGCACCUGACAAAGAGCCCUAUGUCGAUGGACACAGUGUCCGGUGGGGAACUGGCCGUUUCCGCGGGAGCUAUCAUUGUGAAGAUAAUGAGACCCCCUUCAUAACUCCUGACAAGGCUUCCGCCACUUGUUGUCUGGAGGGACAAAGCCUCAAGGGGUCUGAGAAGACUGAAUGGCACUGCUGCGCUGAGGGCCAUGACGUGACUGGCUCUACGGAUGUUGGGUUCGAGUGCUGUGUGGAAGGUUCCACCUUCGACGGCGAACAGUGCCAGAGAGCAGAGAAAGCAGAAAAGUGCCCCAAUGGCCAAGAGAUGGUGGACGGAGAGUGCCAGUGCCCUAAGGGUCAGAUCAUGGACGAAGACGGUACCUGCAAGCCUGCCAAAGCUGCCAAAUGUGACUCGGGCUUGAAGACAGGAAAAUGCUACUUCCUCACUGGAAGGUCGGACAAUUAUUUAACCUUUAACGGCGGCCAGUACUCUGAAACCAAGCUGAGCAAGUAUAUCCGGCCUGCUAAAUUCCAACUUUGCAAGGAUGAAGAAUGCACGCCAGGCCUGCCGGUUGAUCCAAGCGACAAAGUCAAUAUCAAGGACCUUCAUGGUAGUUUGCCUUACGCAACCGAUGCUAAUCAAUGGGUGGAUAAUAAACAAAAUGGUGGCCACAUCGGCAAAACCCCCAACUUUGCAAAUGCUGGGGAGUUCUCGUUUACCAAGUGGCCCUGUGGUAAAUAUUGCCUUACAGGAUUUACCCAGGGCAUUUCACAAGCUUGUCCAGAUGUUAGCCCGGGUAUCUCCUUCGACAACAAGGCCACCGACUCCUGCAUUGAAUUCGAACUCCUGGAGGUUCCAUGUGAUAUCCGCGCUGAUAAAAAUAACUGCAUCUGGAAGAGCAGCGCGAACCAAUGCUGUGGCAAGAUCGACUGUUCUGCCGAGGAGGAGAAAGAGGAGACCGAGCCGGAAGGUACGAAGCCCUAUUGCCCAACACAAGAUGGCACGACCAAAAUUAUCAAUGGAAUUGAAUUUGACGUCAUCUGUGGAAAGGCAUAUAACACCGUCAAGAACCAGAUCAUGGUUCGAAAGGAUGUGACCGAUCCAGACACCUGCUAUAAAGAAUGUGCCGCGAAUCCGAAGUGUCAAGGCGCCAAUUGGAGAUUUAGUAACAAUUACUGCUCUCACCAUCCUUACUACGAAAAUCAACCAAAGACCAAAAAUGCUGGAAAAGACUGGGUGACCUUCCGUCCCACCCAAAAGCGCUAG